UAUAUAUAUGGACCAAGUCGGAAAGUCACGUGAUCAUUUAUUGCCAUUAUGAAAUAGGGGGAAAACAAAUAAAACAAACGCAACGAUUCUUAACAGUUAUCACAAUUUUUCAGUUAUUCUUUUAUAUUUAUUAUUAUGGCAUCGGUAUAUGAGUAUUUAGAAAAUCUGGAUGCGAUAUCAAAAGAAAGAUACGAUGAAAAAUUAGCAUUAUUUGGUUUAAAUCAAUGCCCUUACAAAUUUCCUGCAGACAAGUGGAUUGACAACCCAAACGAUUGGCCACCACUGAGUUAUCACCAUUUAUAUCACUACCUCAUCAAGACUCCACGCAUUUACUCACCAGAGGCAAUGGAAAACUUUAAGUCACUUGAUGCCUGGAAUUUUUUUUAGAUCAGGCUGGGUUCAAAAAAUUGUUCACUUUAAAUUGGAUAGUGGUGUAUGUAUUAUGUGUGCUGAUGUGAGGCCAUCUUACCGGACUACUGAUAAAUGUCACAAGCCAUGGGUAGCUCUAAAAUCAGAUGGGACUGUUCUGGCAGGUCAUUGCAAUUGUAUGGCUGGUCUUGGUGAAACAUGCUCUCAUGUUGGGGCUGUAUUAUAUAAAAUUGAAGCUGCAGUGCGAAUUGGUUUAACAUCAUCCACUCCAACUGAGUUACCCUGUAUGUGGAAUCAAUUAUUUGUCAGAAAUAUUACUGGUUGCCUUGUUUCCAAAAUCAACAUUUUUUCAGAUGAUGCCAAACAAAAGCUAAUCAAAGUUUCAUCGGAAACGGUAUAUAACAAUGUUUCAACAACAUACGAUUCUAAAAUGAAUUUUUUAGAAGAAGUUAAUUCUGUGCAACCUAAAAGUGUUGGCUUGAGUCUUUUUGGUCAAUUCAGCAAAAAAUUUUUUUGCAAAGUAAAAAAGCUACAGAUACUACCACCAUCUCUAAGACAUUUGUAUGGUGCAGACACCAGUUUAUUGCUUGAUGAAAAUCAUGAAUUGUUAGUCAGCCAGUUGGCCCUUAGUGAUGCAGAUGUUGUUUACAUUGAGGAGGCAACAAGAACACAACAUUAUUCGUUGUCAUGGCUAUGCCAACGAGCAGGAAGAAUUACUGGAUCUGUAAUUGCUGAAGUAUACCAUGCAUCAUUUGAUAGCUCAAACGUGAAUUUAGUGAGAAAAAUUUGCCAAAUAAAUAAAAGUGUAAUUAAAGCUCAAGCUUUAAUGUGGGGAAAAAAUCAUGAAAAAGAUGCUAUAGAGUUUUACAAAAAUAUCUGCUCCGGAAACUCAUGUCGAGAGAAGGCACUGAAUGACAGCAUCCCCAUUCAUGACGAUUUUCAUGUUGAGUCUAUAGGGCUAAGUGUAUUCAAAAAUAAGCCAUGGUACGGAGCUUCGCCUGAUGGUGUAGUCUUUUGUUCUUGCUGUGGUUAUGGUGUACUUGAGGUAAAGUGUCCUUAUGCCCUACGAGAUAAGUCUCUUCAACAAGAAAUUGAAAGUGGUAUGUUUUAUGUUGGAAAAGAACAAGAUGGUUACUUUCUUAGAAAAAGCCACAACUAUUACUUUCAAGUACAACACGAAAUUAUGUGCACUGAAGCAUUAUUUUGUCAUUUUGUGGUAUGGACACCAUCUGAAUGUGUCAUUGUUAAUAUUGAAAAGGAUGAUUUUUUCCUUUAUAAUAUGUAUGAACGAUGCGAUUUGUUUUGGAAGAAAUUUGUUUUACCAGAAUUAAUCACCAGGAAUUUAGAAGGGUCCACAUCAUCAUCUUGUGAAAACUCUAACCCUGAAGAAAUUUAUCCUCAAGAAAAGUUUAUAUAUUGUAUAAAAAAUUGUGAGUUUCCUGGUGAAGUAGAUAAUAUGGUGGGUUGCGAUAGAUGUGACAACUGGUAUCAUCCGAUUUGUAUUGGAUUAAAGCGACUGCCAAAAGAUAAAACGUGGUACUGCAAACAAUGUGCAAUCUUAAAUAAAAAAAAACAAUGAUACCAUUUUAAAUUUUAUUAGCUUUUAUUUAUAAGAACCAAUAAAAAAUUUGUGAAACUUAAUGUUCUU